AGAGGGCAAAGUGAAAAAUCUGGUCAAAUUGAUUUGGGUUGGAGGGAGAAAUCUGGGAAAUUGGUAAAGUGAAAUUGACAAUGUGGAGAUAGAGAUAGAGAUAGAGAUAGAGAGAUCGAAGAGAAAGAAAACGAGGCAGAUUCCAAUACGAAUAUGAAGAGUGGCGUUUCAUCGUCGUACGCCAUUCCGGUUCCGGCCAAGCGAAGAUGGAGAGGUCUCGUCAUUGCGGUACUCGCCUUAGUCUUCCUUUCAAUGCUCCUCCCUCUCGUCUUCCUCCUCGGCCUCCACAACGGCUUCCACUCCACUUCCGGUUAUGGCACUGACCACCGCAACUCAGCCCCGACUCGCAUUAAAAUGUUCGAUCAACAUAAUACAACAAAUCAACCCAAGGAAGACAAAUCAAAUCACGUGGAUGCUAUUAUAAAAAGAUUUACUCCAACUCUUCCAAAGGGUUUUGGGAAUGCAUCUUUAAAGGCAACUGGAAAUGGCACAAAUGGAUAUCCCGUGCCAAUUGAUUUACCAAUACCAGCCAAAAAGACAAGUGGAUCUCUUGAUAGAGACAAAGUCCGUGACAAUACAAUUGCUGUGGACGAGAGUGAAAUGAUUUGUCAAUUGAAAUUCGGGAGUUACUGCUUGUGGCGCCGAGAACAGAGGGUGAAAAUGGAAGACAGUGUUGUGAAGACGAUGAAAGACCUACUUUUUGUUGCUCGCGCUUACUAUCCAAGUAUUGCAAAACUUCCAAAGUUUGAUAAAUUGUCUCAGGAAAUGAAGCAAAACAUUCAGGAUUUUGAACGCAUUCUUAGCGAAGCUACCACAGACAAAGAUCUCCCCCCUCAGAAUAAGCAGAAGAUAAAGAUGAUGGAGGCUACAAUUGCUAAAGCUAAGGCAUGCCCUGUGGACUGUAAUAAUGUUGAUAAAAAGUUUAGACAGCUGGUAGACUUGACAGAAGAUGAAGCUAAUUUCCACAUGAAGCAGAGUGCCUUUCUCUAUAAACUUGCAGUUCAAACAAUGCCAAAGAGUCUCCAUUGUUUAUCGAUGAGAUUAACGGUCGAGUAUUUCAGAUCUUUUGACAUUGAUGACAAAAUGAUCGAGAAAUUUGUCAAUCCAGACUUGCACCACUACGUCAUCUUCUCCAAGAAUGUACUUGCAUCAUCUGUAGCUAUCAAUUCAACUGUAGCACAUGCACAAGGAAGUGAGAAACUGGUUUUCCAUCUACUGACAGACAAGGAAAACUUUUUUGCUAUGAAGUUAUGGUUUUUCAGAAACAAGUAUGCGGAUGCUGCUGUUCAGGUUCUGAACAUUGAGGACCUUAAGUUCUAUAAUUAUCACAAGGCAGCACCAUUACAUCUGUCAUUGCCUGAAGACUUUCGAGUUUCAUUUCGUAGGGUUGAUAAACUAUCUUCUACUCAUUUUAGAACACAAUACAUAUCAAUGUUUUCGGAAUCAUUCUACUUCCUUCCUGAGAUAUUUCCAUCACUAGAAAAGGUUGUGGUCUUGAGUGAUGAUGUUAUUGUUCAGAGAGACUUGUCAGCCCUCUGGAACCUUGACAUGGGGGAGAAAGUGAAUGGUGCUGUGCAGUUGUGUGCAGUGAAGCUCUUUGACCUGAAAUCUCAUUUGCUAAGCCGUAAAUUUGAUGAAAAUUCUUGUGCCUGGACAUCUGGAGUAAAUAUUAUUGAUUUAUCGACGUGGAGGGUGCAGAAUCUUACUGGAAGAUAUCGGAGGUUGAUGGAUGAGCUGAAGGAAGAUGAACAUUUAUCUGAAACUACUGGUCUUAGUGCUGGCCUACUCACCUUUGAUAGUCUAGUAUAUCCUCUUGAGGAUAGUUGGAUCUUACCAGGUCUUGGGUAUAACUAUGGAAUUGAUUUGGAAGACCUGAAAACAGCAGCAAUAUUACAUUUUGACGGGAGCAUGAAGCCGUGGCUUGAUCUUGGCAUCCCCAGGUACAAAAGAUAUUGGAGGAAGUUUCUGGACCCACAGAAUCAGUUCUUGAGUGAUUGUAAUGUGAAUCCAUAGAAGUGACAUUGCUGCUUGCUUAUGAAAACCAGAGGUGAAAAGACUUGAGAGUACAUAUAGCAAAACCAGAUUUCAGUUUAAUGAGGUGCUGAAAAGCAGCACAAAAUAUCAAGAGCAUGCUUUUUCUGAUGAGUUGGGUUGCAAAAGAAGAACAUUUGUUUUUAACUUAGGUGGCUCCAUUGCUGAAGGUAAGAGGAGUCUAUAAAUUUUCUGAGUUGCUAAGUUGAAGAACAAUUAAUCAAGUUACUCAUGCCUAUCUAUUAGCGUGAGCAUAGAGUUAACGUCAGAGUCGAGCUGUGGUAACUGGGAGAGAGCGGUAUUAAGUUGUAUUUUUCACAUUGAAUUUCUUUCUUUCUUUGCCUGUGGAAGGAUUAGCAUUCAUGAAACCGGGAAGCCGGCUGAAAACAAGUACACGUAUUAUAUUUGAAUUACUGUUUUGAGAAAGCACUGGUUUGGUUUUGGGUUAAGUCUGUAGCGUGCGGACUAGGGUUAAUGCUCUUAGGAUGUAGUAUAUGCAUACUAUUAUUCUUGAGCAAUUGUAAUAUGGAUUCAUAGAUUCAACUUCCUUUAUUACUGAUUAUGAAUUGGCAGAAUAUAUUCUGUGCACCGGAACUUGAUUUAUGUUUAGUCGGACUGGAAGGGUAUUAUAAUUGAUGAUAUAAGGAGUAGUUGUUAGGGCACUUGCAAUGCAGCCCUAAGCUGGCUUGGUCUCGUCCUGUUGGGAUGAGCCAGCAUUGCGGGUGCCCCAUCUUGCCAAGGGGCUUGCGCCGGGGAAAGGCUGUUGAGCCAGCGUGCUAUGAAUGUGUUGUUUCUUAAUUAAGAGAUGGAGUAAAAAGUGUUGUGGGACUAUUAACAAUGAAUAGAAUAGAAGGAUAAGAAACAGUGUUGUUGGUGGCUUUAUAGUUAAAGUGAAUCAUGAUUUCUAAUUGUGGAUGAACGAAAAUGGCACAGAGUCUAAGUAAGGAGAGGAUUUUAUAAUAUUGCAUAGAGAGUAAGUGGUACUAGCAAAAUGUUGGCAAAGUGAGAUAAUGACGUCCCCCCUACUUGAGCAAUAAAAAUGAGAUAGGUUUAGGCAACCAUCUGAGAUUUAAAUAGAUGGGCGGUUAUCUAGAAGGAAUAUGUAAAUUUAGAGGUAGAGAGAGAGAGAGGAGAGUUAAUACUCAGCUUCUAACUAUCAACCACCUAGCCCGCCACCUGUAGUUUGACCGGGACUUGUGCAGAAAAGCGUGAACAUAGCAACUUUGAAAUCGCGAUCUUCAUGUAUACAGCCAAACCCACACCUACCCCAUUUCAAAUUAAUAAAUAAACACAUCAUCCCAGAUUUUAAUUUUAUUGAUUGACAAAUAGUGUGAACCUUUUUGUCAUUAGUGAUUAUAAUUAGAGAUUACACGUUAACGAAAAGUAUUACUCCCUCUGCUCUGGUACACUGUUCGUCAUUGGAAAUAAGCACAACUCAUUUUACGUAUUAUGAAAAUAGGCUUCACAUUUCAUUAAUUUUUUUCAAUUAAUUUUUUUUAUAUUUCUUAAAACACGUGCCGAACUCAAAUAACACUCCCGAGGAUGGACUGCCACCCUCGGGAGUAAUCAAUAUGAAUUUAAAACACGAUAGUAUAGUCGUAUUAAAUAGAUGUAGGUGGGAGUAGCCGUCAAAAUAUUAAGAUCUGCGAUCUCGUAUUAGUAGGCGAUCCAAUCCAAUGGAUAUUACUUGUUAGGUUGAUCAUCAAUUCAUCAUCAUAGUAGUAGCAAUUGAUGGAGACAGAAUCAUCCUCGAGAAAGCUGAUGGAGGCCGACUCGGCCAAAUCCCCCGGCCGCAUCCGGAGAGGCAGAUGCAUCUGCCUCUCCGUGACCGCGGCCCUUCUGGCCCUGGGCCUCCUCCUCCUAAUCCUCGGCCUCACCGUGUUCAAGGCCCGGCAUCCCACCACGCGGAUGGACUCCGUGGCCCUGGACGACCUCGACUUCUCGGUGGACCUCGCCCGCCUCCGCGUGGUCGUGAACGUGAGCCUGGCCCUAGGCCUCACCGUCCACAACCCGAACCGCGUCGGCUUCAAGUACCACGACGGCACGGCCCUCCUCCGCCACCGCGGCAACGAAAUAGGGGAGGUCCCCGUCCCGGCCGGGAGGAUCGGGGCGAGGGACACGCGCUCCCUCAACCUCACCCUCGCCCUGAUGGCCGACCGCAUCGUCUCGGACUCGACCCUGUUCAACGACGUCGUUUCCGGGACUUUGCCAAUCCAGGCUUACGUGAAGCUAUCCGGGAAGGUGAGGAUAGUGUUCAGCAUUCAUGUGGCGACGUACACGACCUGUGAUGUGGAUGUCAUACUCAGCAAUCGGACUCUUUCGAAUCUCAAGUGUCAUUACAGGACCAAGCUCUGAUUAUUCUGUUUUUCUUGCUAUAAUAAUAUAGAUUAGAUUGAGAUACACUGUUAAUAAUAUAGGUUAUACUACUUUACAUUCUCUAUUUUGUUCUAGUGGAUUUAAGAUGGACGGCCUUGUUUUAUUAUAUGCCAAUUUAAUGAUAUAUACUGUUUUUUUCCCCUUUAA